AUGGCCCUUCUUCGUGUGGGCUCUCCCGCUCUGCUAUUGUGCCUGUUGUUGCUGUUACUUCCUCAGGUCCAUGCAUUUGGAGCAGGUAAUAUUGCGUCCAUUUCUGCCGUCGAAGGUAAAAAUUGGCGUCAUGGCGACAUUGAGGACAUGCUGAAGACGAUCGCCUUCAUUCACGGCCACAAAUGGACUUCCACAAUGGUCAAGCGCGUGUAUUUUGGGAAUUGGUUGCGUGACUACUCUCAAGCGAUGGAUGUGGGAACCUUGAAGUCUCUCCCCGCAGACACGAUCCGCAUUCUGGUGUGGAUUCUCUCCUUUCUAAGCUUUGGAUACGCAACUGGCGAAUUCGAAGUGACGGCGGAGCGACUGGGUGUUUAUCGGCCCGAGGAACAUAUUGAUAACCCCAAAGACUAUGCCGACAACGAAGAUGCACGCCAGUUUGACCAGCGUUUGCGAGGCCCCGUUCGUCAAGUUGAGCUUGACAUCGAUCCCGAGACGGGAAUGAAAAACUACAUCGCCAACGAGCGCGGUGACUGGGCAACCAGCACUGCCUUUGUCAAAUUCAGUCUCAGUCGAAGCAUCCACUACGGACGCAUGUACACCAACGGUGGUGAAAAUAAGGGUAAGGAGGAGGAUCUGUGCGAGGCUCUUCGAUGCCUGGGGCAAGGGCUCCAUACUUUGGAAGACUUUGCGGCGCAUUCAAAUUAUAUUGAGCUCGCUCUCCGUGAGAUGGGAUUCCACAAUGUUUUCCCUCAUACCGGUACUGCCACACAAUGCAACGUGCGUGGACACCACGUGUUCCCCUUGGUGACCGGAACCUUUGGAAUGGUCGACUUCUUUCACUCGGUCUUGGGAGAGGCUAACGACCAUUUCACCCAAUCCGAGGUGAACGAAAUGGAUCUGGCCCUAGGUGAUGCAGAGAACAAUGCACAAUCCGGCAAUUCUCUCAACAUGUUGACUGGACUACUGGGCAAGGUUCCAGGCACACGAGAACUGGUCGUAGAAGCUGAGCAGCUCAAGCACCAGUCUCAGGCUCAGGAGAUGAGCAAUCGUUCCCGCGGCUUUCACACUGGCUACGUGCAGCCUGAAGAUGAUAGUCAAAGCCGAGCCCCGGGAUCAACUAAUCCUACGACUAGUGGUGCAACCUCUGCGAGCGGCCUUACUGAUAUCAAUCCUCAGGAGAUAAUCUCCAAGAUCUAUCCGAUCCUGGCAUUCCGUGACAAGGUCGUGCGCAAGCUGACUGCCAUCAUUGAGAAGAUCCCCGGUCUGGAGGCUAUUAUCGAAAAGAUCACCGAGACACUCACUUUGUUCGUCAUGUCACUGCUUGCGCCGUUUAUUCGCCCUCUGAUCAAUGCUGCUUCCAAGUCGCUACAGACAGGAUCUUCUGGCGUGAUCAAUGCCUCGGGCAAGCACCAAUACGAGCCCUGGACCGAUCCUCACUGUACCGAUCCCACUCAUUCACUCCUCUCGAAGGAUCAUUUUGCAAACAUUCUGAAUGAGCCAGCCGGACUGGUCGGCUCAGCUAUUCUCAAAUACGUUGCUCCCCGUGUGUUAUAUGCUUGGCAGCACACCGACGUGCCCGAGCACGAGGUGCUGGAGGAUUGCAUGCGCAUCUUCCAUCACCCUGUACUCCGUGAUAUGCACAAUGAGGCCCAUCGUACAAUGUUUGAGGCUGUCGCCAGCUGGGUUCACUCUCGGGAAGACCGCGGUGCACACCUGAAUGACAUUCUGAGUUCAGAGGGCGUCAGGACCGGUCGUAAUACUGGUGGGGUUCCGCAUACCCAUGGUGGAAAUCAGGGAGGGUUUGCCACUUUGGGUGGAGCAACACAUAACCAGACUCACGGCCAUAACCAGAGCCAGGGUCAAGGUCAAGGCCACGGUUUCUCACUCGGUGGAAUCCAGUCUUUCUUCUCUCAGCCCCAGUCCCAGCACCAGUCAACCCCUGGUGCGCAGAGUCACGGUGCGUCUGGUAUGCCGUGGGAUGCAUUGUCUAAGUUACCAAUCCCCGGCAUGUCGAAACUAGACAAGUUGUCGGGGUUCUUGCCUGGUGGAAACUCUCAGGGUUCGCGGCGAGAAUUGGACGGAGAUUCCACUGGCAAUGGCCUUGGAAACUCACAAUAUCAGCCGUCCCCGCAGCAUCCACCCUCGUCGCAGUAUCCUCCUUCACAGUAUCCGCCUCCACACUACCAAGGACCGCAAGGGUAUGGAAACGGCGGGUAUCGAUAUUGA